AUGGACGCUGUUCUCGACAGCUGGAUCACCAGCACCAAGGAUGACGAAUGCGAACUUAUUGUACGCUCUCCUGGGGCAGUUUUUUAUCUUCAAUGGAGACCCUCAGAGUUGAAAGAUGCACAACUUGUCGCUGAUUUCUACAAAUUUCUCACCAUUCUAAAAUCAGACGAUGACAGCGAUGACCACGAGGAGGCGGGGGAUCACAAACAAUCAGUGGCAGAGAAACUCAAACAGCCCUUCGAUGCGGUUGUUUCGGCUCUCGCCCCGCAGCCACCAAAGCCGCCAUUUACACUACAUCAUUGGGUUUACCCCGAGUGGUUUUCGUUGGUCGCAACUGGUGAAGGAAACAGGAUUCUACCAAGGAGAGAUGACAAAAAUCCUCGUAUGCCUCCUGGGCAGCCUCGGCAGUCUAUGCAGGGGCUUGAAUUGGACAAAUGGGUGCCAAAAUGGUAUUCAUCGCAUGAGGUCCAAAUCAUUCCAGAACCCAGAAAACCCCCGCUAUUGUCAACUCCGUCCAAAGUUCUAGUAGAAGGAAAAACUUGCCAUUUCAAAGGGUCCAAACCUUUAGCAACCUUUCGCGAACUAGAAACUUUCCGCAAUAUUGCAGACGCGCUAGCUACCAAUCGAAUCUCACCGGACACGCGGAUCUCUCGUCUUCAUGGUCUGGUUUGCGACCGCAACGCUUCCAACCAAGAACGCAUCGUUGGACUGCUUCUAGUGUACAUCGAGCCGAAGAUCACUACUGCACCUAGCACUCUGGCGAAUGCCGCUUGGUCAGCCAGCAAGGAAACUCUUCAACGCUGGGUCACGGAGCUGGCAACCCUGGUCCUUACCCUUCACAAUGCUGGAAUACUAUGGGGAGAUGCGAAACCGGAUAACGUUUUAGUUGACAAGAAUGACAACUUGUGGUUGACUGAUUUUGACGGCGGUUAUACCCCCCCUUGGAGGCCGGGUAGGGCUAGGGCCACGUCUUCGGGUUUAAACGUGUGUCAAGGUUAUGUCUACGGCGGGAAAUAA